GAAUACAUGGAUGAAGAAUCCAUGGAUAUGGAAGGCCAGCUGUACUUCAUUUCUAAACUUAAGUUCCUUUCUUUUGCUUUCCUGAAGGAAAAGGAUGUGGUCAGAAAAUGGAAGGUCCUUUAUGCUAAAUGAGUCUUGCCUAAAAGGAUUUGUUGCCACAAAGCUAAUAGUCACUUAAGAGUCCUUUGCGUUGCCUUGUUUUCUCUCCUUGGCUUAAGUUUUGCCUCCUCUUCUUUUGCAAUUAGUGUGCUCCUGUCCAUUGCCAAGCUCUAUUGGAGGUCCAUGCGCCAUACCACAGCUCUGCCAGUCCUGCUCCAGGCACUUGCGCUGGCUCGAGAAUACCGCCUCCAGUAUUUGGCCUCAGAAACUAUCCUCUGCUUGGCUUUCUCCCAGCUAAUGCUUGGGAUGCCUGAGCAAGCACUGAGCAUGCUGAACACAACGAUAGAACCCAUCCUGGCUCACGGAUCAGUGCUGGACAAAGGAGCUGCCAUGUUCUUGGUGGCCAAGUGCCAGGUUGCCUCGGCAGCUGAAUGUCCUCCUCGGAAGAAGGCAGAAGCUCUGGAGUCAGCUAUCCUGAACCUGAACGAAGCCAGAACCUACUUUGCAAAGGUGGACUGUAAGGACCAGCUUCGCGACGUCUACUACUACCAGGCCAGACUCUACCACAGCCUGGGCAAGACCCAAGAGAGAAAUUAUUGUGCCAUGCUCUUUCGGCAGCUGGACCAGGAGCUCCCUGCUUGUGGCGUCCCCUUGAUCAGUGGGUUUAAAUGAGGACCUUUAAGCAAAAACUCUGAGCUAUUGAGUGCUUCUCCUGCACAACCUCCAAUGACUUUCCAUUACAGUGACAUAUCUUUUAUUCUGUAAAACAUCAAUUUUGGGGGAAUACAAUAAAGCGUGUUUUUCUUCUUAA